GUGUGUGCUUGUGCGUGGAAGUUGGAAGUUACCCAAAGUCUUCAGCAAGUCCUGUUUCCAAAUUUCCAUUUCCUCAUGCCACAGUGGCUUCCCAGACUGAUAAAGCAGACGCGAUGAUGUCCGUCCGGCGACACACGAGAGGAUGGACGCGAUGGCUCAGACGCUGGCUGUGCUCCUCCUGCUUAUGGGACCCGUGCGGACGUCCAACUUGAGCCGCUGCUACGAGGAGUGGGAGCUGAGCAAGGUGGCCGGCAGAAAGCUGGCGAGCCACUACCCGCAGCCCCCGGAGCCUCGGGGGGUGGUGGCCCACGACUCCCCCUCCGCGUGCCCCCUGGACCUCUACAUGCAUCACUGGAACCUGGAGGACCGGUCCCUGUCUCCCUGGAGAUAUGUAUGGAGAACCAUGAAGGACCACUACCCGUCCACCUAUGUUGAAGCUCAGUGUCUGUGCUCUGGAUGCAUCAUGAUCAAGAACAAGGGGACCCCUGAGCUGAGCCACGACUACAACUCGGUUCCCGUCAACCAGACCAGGGUGUUUCUGAAGCGGGAGCGCUGCAGUGAUGGGCACAAGUACUACUUGAAGCCCAUCUCUGCAGUGGUGAUGGUGGGCUGCACCUGUGCCAGACCCCGCAUCUCUGUGUAAUGUCACUGCAUUGGGCACACUACAUGAAUGUUGACUGAUGGAUCCCUGGAAUGUGGACAUCACGGGCGUGGGGUCACACAUUCCAAAACAACGCUGUCUAAAUGGGAGUUGACCUUUUUGUUUUUUGCGAUCAUUCCGUCAGACUUCAGAGGCUCAAAGUUUAACGAACCUUGAUUUACCCUAUUUAUUUAUUUAUUUAUUUGUAGUGUUUACAGUGCUGCAUUUCUUGUCUCAAGUACACUGGGUAUUUCCAAAACAGUUUUUUUCAUGAGGAUAUUUAUAUUAGUUAAAAAUGCAGUAGCCCUACUCUGUACUCAUUUUAUCUAUUCUGCAAGGUUUAGAUGAUUCGGAAGUGAAUGAAGAAGAUCUGACAUUGGAAGCUUGUGAAUUUAUGUAUCAAUGCUGAUAUUGUGUUGUUGUUCCAGUGGGACUUGAUCCAGUCAACAGGACUUGUACAGUUAGCUUCUUUCAAGCAAAAAUAAAGACAUUUUCUUUGUGUA